GCACCACGGGAAAUUCUUCAAACCAAAAUGGCGGACAAAUAUUUAUAAAUUUUGGCGUCUCUUGACAACCAGAAGAUCAGACUCGUUUUCUGUAGAUUCUAGGGCCCCUUUCUGACUAUCUGUAGGCGGAGGGUGUUCCUGUCAACAUGGCGCAACUCAAGAUUCAAGCAUAUCUGGAUAAACACAAGAUUAGCGCGCUUUUUGAGGAGAUGAUGAGUAAACUGAUCCAGGAGCAGCCGGAGGAACCGCUGCCUUACCUCAGCAGGAUGAUAGACAGGAAGUGGGAGAAGAUCAGGCCAAAGAGAUCUAGAGAGAACUCUCCAGCUAGGAUGAGAACUGCCCCAAGUCCCUCAGCUCUGCGCAAGUCCAUGCCAGCAGGUGCUGCAACAUGGGCUGGAAAUAGCGAGGGAGCGGUGGCUAAGGAUCGGGAGUAUGACCGUCCGUGGCUGACUAACGCCAAACGGUCAAGGUCAAAGGGCAGGUCGGGGGUGGAAGGUCAUGAUAACAUCAGGCCAGAGAAGAAAGAUAAGGCCACCUGGAACCCCAACACACAAAAGGUCCCAACAGGUGACUUUGAUGAACUCUUCAAGUUGACCAAAGGUUCGAAGGGGAUGAAGGGCAGCAAGUCUGUGGACUUUGCCAUGCUGCAGGCCCAACUAGGGAAGGACGUAGAUGAAUCCCUCAGGCACAGUCAGCCCAUCUACUAUGGACAGCCCAGAGACCAGGCACUGAGGGAGGAGGACAGCCUGAGUUCCGAGCUGAAGGCCCCCAUGUCAUCCAGGUCUGGUGAAGAGGAGAGCAGCUCUGUGGACCUAGAGCUGCGGACAGUUAAGCCCCACCAACACUCGUUACAACACAAGCGACAGCUGGAGGCCAUCGUGAAACAGAAGGAGACGGCGUCGGACAGUGGGCUGGAGGAACCUGAGGAUGAUGAGGAGUAUGAGGAGGGGCUGGAGCUGCUAGAGAAUGCAGAUGACUUAGCAAAGGAAGGUGUCACCAAUGUAGUUCAAUCAGGGCACAAAAUCAGCUCGUCUUUAAGAAGACCGCCGACUCCUGAACCUCAAGUUAAGGUCACCAUCUGUGGUAGAUGUGCAAGCACUGGUCUGGCAGCAAACUCUGAAAGAUUACUGAGUGAAGACACCAGUGUUGUGCCCAAUGGGGAAACGCCUGACUCCGACUCAGAAGUCAGUGGGAGAGGUACUCCUAAAGCCGCAUUCCCACCAUUGCUGACUGAUGAUGAAUUUGAGAGUGUGUCACAAGUCGAGGGGCCUAGAGCCCCUGUGUGGUAUGCAGAAGAGUCAGAGACUGAAGUGUCCAGGAAAGGAGCCCACAUGUUAACUAAGGACCCCCGACCUGUCAAGGGCAGACCCAUGUUCAGCCCUGAGCCCCACCAGAAGCCUUUAGCCCUGCCUGCCCCGCCCACUAGUGGUGAGAAGCAGACACGCCCCACCAGUACCAGUGCCUUGACUGUCACUCUGAAGGACGACCUGUCUGACUUUGGGGACAGGAAAACCAAAUCAACUCGAGCCUUCGCCCUGCCUAAAGAUGACUCUGAGGAUGAAAACGGUACGGUGAAGUCAGCCACGGCUCUGUCACUGGGUGGGCGUUCCUGGCAUGCCCCGCCUGAAACAGACGCAGAAAGCGUGGACUUCGAUAGAGACAGAGUUGGCAGAGUCACAGGUUUUCGGGAGCACAAAAGAAGACCAUGACAAGAACAUUGCUAGUUACCAAAUACAAGGUGAAAACUCUGCACCAAUGACGGAAUAAUCUACACUUAAACUUUAAUAUCAAGUCAUGUAGUCCACCUUUAUAUUUAAAAAAAAUCUAGAUAGUAGAAAUCAGAUGUGGCCUUACUUUCUACUUCCAACCAAACACUGAUAUUUCUUAUGGCUGUCUAUAAAAUUUGAUAUUAAGUAGGUUUUAGAUAGGGGACAUUUAAAAUUUUUUAGAUCAUUUGCUGCACAUUAUUAUGUUGAAUAAUGUGGUGGUCUCUGCAGUACAAGAAAUAUUGUUACAAUAUAUGCAAAACAUCUAUUUGAAUUAAGUGCUGUCACGACUAUAAUAUUUGUAUAUGUAGCACUCUACGCAAGCUGUGUAUACUGAAUGUUAUUAAUGUAAUUACAUUGUAGUAAUAGGGCUAAGGGAAAAAUGUUGUCAGCUAUCAGUUCCCAGCAAAAAUUGAUGACCCUAGCCUUUUUUUUCAUCUUUAUUUUACAUUGUUAAACUUCAUUUGUUCGAUCAGUUUGCCAACACAUAACAAGAAUAUUGUGUAGGACGACGAUUGUAACGCAUAACACAAUUGAUGUUCCCAGGCCUAGAUACAACCAGUGUGAAGUUACAUUUUUGCUUCAGAACUAUUUCUGUUAACAUAACAGCAACUGUGAGAGAAUAGCAAAUAUAUUUGGUAAUGUUGUGUCCUACUGUUGUAAACAAAUAAGACAUUUUGAAAUUAUUUUGAUCCUUAUGUUUGCUUUGUGAAUAAAUUGUCAGCUAGUUUGCUUGUAUUUUUUAAAAAUUGAUAAACAAUGCUUACACCUUUGACUGUGGAAACUACAUGAAAAUAGGUCUUUAUUUUGUUUUAUAUUUUAGUUGUGUUCUUAUAGGAAUGUGAUACAAGUAGCUUUACUACAUAGCUCCACUUACAUCGGUGACAACAAUGGUUUCCUGGAUAAAGGUUUCCAAAAAAC